CUUGUUAUGAUGUCACCCUACCCAUGGUUCCCGCCCUUUUUUUCUUCCGCGGCAUCUCCCUCCGUGUCCACCAACGGGCGGGGCGUUGGGACGAUGGGAGGCAGGAGCCUAAGUCGGCCUUCCGUGCAGUGGGCGAGAUGGGAUCAAGUGGGCUGGCAGGAUGCUCUGUGGUUCCAGCCUGUGCCCCAGAAGGACCCGGAUGGCUCCAGCGCCACCUGCUAAGCGGCGAGUUCGACCAGCUGCGGAACUUUACCAUUUUUGAGAGCAACUUCGUGCAGGUGACCCGGUUUGGAGAAGUUGCCAAUAAGGUCACCAUGGGGGUGGCAGCCUCCAGUCCGGCCCUGGAACUCCCAGACCUGUUGCUGCUGGCUGGCCCUACCAAGGAGGAUGGAUGUCCACAGCUGCUCGGGCUGUUCCCCCUGCAGUUUGUCCAGCUCUUCAUCCACGACGAAAGCCGCCAGCAGCUGAAAGUUAAGUUCUGCACCGGCCGUGCUUUCUACCUGCAGCUGCGGGCGCCAGCUGAGACUCGGGCCCUGGAGUUCAGCAAGUGGGUGCGGCUCCUCUACCGCCUGCGCUUCCAUGGCCAGGGGGCCGUGCCCUUCACGCAAGAGGAGUGGGGGGACGAGGACUGGGACGAGGAGACAGACCUGGAGGACCAGGAGAGGGACUGGCGGGACCAGCUUCAAGCCAGGGAAGCCAGACUUGACCCACAGACCUCUGAGCUCUGGGGACUGUGAUGUCAGCUGGAAGCAACCGACCCCAGGGCCACACAGAUGGAUUAUUAACAUUAAUAAAAAGCACCACUUAAGAACAACCACCAGCUCAAAGGCACUUCUGCCCGCAGCGCCCAUUCACCAAGGCAGAGGCUGCCUUGAUGGGUCUUCCAUCAGCCACAUCCGGGUCCUCACAUGCUCAGGUAACCUGGUGCCUGGCCUUCCCAGGCUACCCAGUGGUGCAUCUUUGACUCAUUGUUGAUUUCAAUCACCACCAGCCUGUCCCCUUUUCCCCUACCUUAGCAACAGGAGCUGGGGUUCUCCUUUGAAGCUACGCAGUUGUCAUGACAAUGUGGUUGCCCCACUAAAGUCGAUGUUCCAAGAUGGUGGCCCCUCUUGUGGCCUGUUUCCUUGGU